AUGGCGGCCACUUACAAGCAGUUCCUAGCUGCGCCCAGCUCGUCGCUGCUGGCUGAUACCGCGGCGCUGCACUACGUUACUACAGCCACAACCUUCUCUGGUCCUACCCAGAUCAUUAAGCAUCUCAACGGACUUCAGAAGCAGGUGUCCAAGAAGAAGGAGGAAGUCUUCAACAUUGUUGAUGGCGGAAACGUCAUUGUCUUGGAAAUUGACACAGGUCUCGGCUUCCAAACAAGCGGGGGCCCAUAUCUUCCUGGUCUUGACGACAACUUCUUGUCUGCUCGUGACGUUUAUCUCCCUAUUACUCACUUCGUUACCUUCGAUGAAGCCGGCAAGAUUGUCCAGAUCCGACUCCAGUGGGACCAGGGUUCGCUUUUGAAGCAAGUUGAAGUGAUUGGAAAAUCUGGUCGCAACUGGCCCAUCAGAGAUAGCCGAGAGCAGAUCGCAUUCAUUCAGUCAUGCAUCAAGAAUGCGGGCACUGCCGCCCCUGCCGCCCCGAGUCAUAACGAGGCCGUUGCGCGAAACCGAACAAACUCUAACAACGCCUUCCGUGACCCCCACGCAUCCUUGAGGCUGUUUGGGCCCCGGGAUGAGCUUGAGGAUGCUGAGCCUGCCGCUGUUGUCUCCCCCUAUGCGGGUAGCCGGCCUCGCCAGCGAUCAUUCACCGAGAUUCUAGGAGACGAGCCCACGUCACCAAGCGCGGGCCGUCGAGCCAUGUCGCCCUCGAAGGGCGGUCAGGGUAAGAACUUUCAGCCUUCCCGUAUUUUCGACGGCAAGGAGGAUGUCGACAUACCUGAGGUGCCUCAGCAACCUAAGAACAAGCGCUACAUCAAGCCCCAUCCUAAGAAGUACUCUCAUUUCGAUUUCGCAGACGGCAGUGAUCCUCAGGACAGCCCUCAAAAGGGCACAAAUUUUGAUGACCUGCCCAAGACCAAACGUGACAGUCAAUGGUCUUUCGACGAUUUCACCACGCCCCAAAAAGUGAAGCCAUCUAAGGGAAUGAGAGCUCAGGAUGUUCGCCAUUGGGAUACCGACAGGGACGCUAUGGACGAGACCCCGGUCCACCAUGCAUCUAAGUCUAGACGUGAUGCCGACCCACACUUUGAGCUUCUUGACGACGGUGAGAGAGUGCCCCAGCCGCCACGUCCCGGUGCCCACCCCCCUGGCUACGCUCACAAUGAGGGCCUCGGACUAUAUAAGAACCAGGUGUUUAACAUAGAAGAAGCAGGAAACAACGAGCGCGCUUUGGGCAACAUUACCAACGUGAAGGACCGCGGCAAGGAUUUCGACCACCACUUCGAUAUCGCCGACAACUCGCCAGCCCACUCACAGCAACGCGUACCCGAAGGUCACAAGAAGGCUGUUCAAAUGAUGGACCACCAAUGGGAUACGUACGAUAAGUCGCCGGCGACUCAAAAGGAGAACCGCCCGGUCGAGAACACCGACAAUCACAAAAUCACCAUCGCUGGUGAUGGCAUGGGAGGCCGAAAGGGUACCAACAGGGAUUGGCUAUAUGGAGAGACUCAAGAAGUCGCUCAGUCCAUUCCUACUCGCAAGCAGCCCAGCGUGGCCGCUGCUGACGUUCCCUCGACCCAACGCCCCAAGAUCAGCAUUGCUGGCGACGGUAUGGGUGGCCGAAGGGGUGCCGAUCGAGACUGGCUCUACAACGAAACGAAUGAGGCAGCCAGUAACGAGCCAACAAACCCCAAGCCUGUCCCUGGCCGAACACCAGCUUCGAACAUUGCGCCUACCAACGAGGUCAAGGAAAACACCGAUAAGCACAAGAUCAAUAUUGCUGGCGAUGGCAUGGGCGGCCGAAGGGGCACUGAUCGAGACUGGCUCUACAAUGAGACAGACGAAACAACAAACGGUGUAUCUGCGAACACCAAGCCCGUCCCUGGGCGAACACCGGUCUCAAACACUGCACCCACAAACGAGGUAAAGGAGAACACCGACAAGCACAAGAUCAACAUUGCUGGUGACGGUAUGGGUGGUCGCAAGGGAACCAACCGGGACUGGCUUUAUGGAGACGUGAGCGAGCAGCAGCCCCUUCCUUCUCGGCGGCAAAACACAACCACCAAGAAGGACGACUUCUGGGAUUUUUAG